AACUAAACAUGGAGCGCACAGAGCGGGAGGCAGCAGGAGGGCAAGACGCCAUAGUUAGCUGCUAAAGCUAACUAGCUAAAGCUACGCUGCGCAGCGCAGAUGAGAGCGCGAGUCAGCGAGCGAGUCGCUAAAGGAGGACGAGGGUUUAGACCGAACAAGGGACAGCGGAGCGGAUGGUUGUCCCAGUAGUCGGAGGACACCGCAGUGUCAAAGAGAGACGAGGAGGACAAACACAACUGGCAGAAGCACCAACAACCGGAAGUGACACCAAACGUGUCCCGCGAGAGCGGAUGUCCAAAAACCAAGGAUGUCUUGCGGCCAUUGUCGACGGGCGGUGACUGACGUGUGAGAAGGUUGUUUGUCUACUUUGCAUAUCGAGUUGACGGUUGAGCGACUCUAACCUACAUUUUCUGGGGAAACCGGUAUCUCGAGGUUUGGACUUCGGUCCCCCUGUGACCGCUCACACACACACACACACACGACACACACACCGACCGUCGUGUGCGCAGCAGGCAUGGAGACCCGCCGGAUCCUCAUCCAAGGAGGCAAAGUAGUGAACGACGACUGCUCCGCCAUCAGCGACGUCUACAUCGAAAAUGGGAAAAUAAUCGAGGUCGGGCCGAAUCUCCGGGUCCCGGCGGGGGCGCGCGUCAUCGACGCCGCCGACAAGCUGGUGAUGCCGGGCGGCAUCGACACGCACACGCACAUGGAGCUGGCGUUCAUGGGCGUCGAGGCGGUGGACGACUUCCACAUUGGCACCAAGGCCGCUCUGGCAGGAGGGACCACAAUGAUCAUGGAUUUUGUGAUCCCCCAGAAGGGCAAGUCCCUGCUGGAGGCCUACGACCGCUGGCGUCGGACGGCCGACCCCAAAGUCUGCUGUGACUAUGCGCUGCAUGUCGCCGUCACAUGGUGGAGCGACGAGGUCAAGAGAGAGAUGGAGACUCUGGCCAGAGAGAAAGGAGUAAACUCCUUCAAGAUGUUCAUGGCCUAUAAAGACGUGUUCAUGCUGGACGACUCGGAGCUCCACGCUGCCUUCUCCCAGUGUCGGGAGAUCGGAGCCAUAGCACAGGUGCACGCCGAGAACGGAGAUCUGAUCGCGGAGGGCGCUAAGAAGAUGCUCGCCCUGGGCAUCACGGGGCCCGAGGGCCACGAGCUGUGUCGGCCGGAGGAGGUGGAGGCCGAGGCCACGCAGAGAGCCAUCACCAUCGCCAACGUCGUCAACUGCCCGCUCUACGUGGUGCAUGUGAUGAGCAAAUCUGCAGCCAAGGUGGUGUCGAACGCACGCAGGGAUGGUCGUGUGGUGUUCGGGGAGCCCAUUGCAGCAGGGCUGGGCACAGAUGGUACCCACUACUGGAACAAGGAGUGGGCCCACGCCGCUGCCUUCGUCAUGGGUCCUCCACUGAGACCCGACCCCAGCACCCCUGGGUAUCUUAUGGACCUGCUGGCCAACGAUGACCUCAGUGUGACGGGAACGGACAACUGCACCUUCUCCGUGUGUCAGAAGGCCCUGGGGAAAGACGACUUCACCAAGAUCCCCAACGGAGUGAACGGCGUGGAGGACAGGAUGUCUGUCAUCUGGGAGAAAGGAGUGCACAGCGGCAAAAUGGACGAGAAUCGAUUUGUGGCCGUCACCAGCAGCAACGCGGCAAAAAUCUUCAACUUCUACCCUCAGAAAGGCCGAAUCGCCAAGAACUCAGACGCUGACGUGGUCAUAUGGGACCCCAAGCUGACAAGGAAGAUAUCAGCCAAGACGCACCACCAGGCCGUGGACUACAACAUCUUCGAGGGCAUGGAGUGCCACGGCGUCCCCGUCGUCACCAUCGCCGGGGGCGACGUGGUGUACGAGGACGGGCGGCUGAAAGUGUCGCAGGGCCACGGCACCUUCGUCCACAGAAAACCCUUCGCCGAGUUCGUUUACAAACGGAUCGCGCAGAGGGAGCAGGUGGGGAGGCCGACAGCUGUGAUCAGAAAACCCUAUGAAGGCAAAGUCAUCUCUCUGUGAACAGGCGAAGGAGAACAUGAAAGGCAUGUUGAGCUCCAGCUGUGUCGUCUCCGAUACACGAUCCAGAAGCAACUGAAUUCUGUCUCCUGAUAAAACUGCUCCGCGUGAUUUCUUUUUCAACGUCGGACUGUUUUGCAGUAAAUAAAGUGAACGGUGAUUUAAA